ACAAUGGGCGGGCGUGGGCGCUCAGCGAGUUCCUCUUCUCCAGCUUUUCCUGCCAGUGUUCGCCAAAAUGUUUGGGGGUUUGAGGCUGCGAAACUCCCUAAGCGCGGGGGGAAAACGAUAAACGCUUCUUCCCAGGGGCGAUUUUCUUUUCUAUCUCUCCGGCCCUGACCAGGGUGUUUGACCUUCGAGCGGACAGCGUUCCCCGUGCCCUGGAGCCAGCUUUGUUCCCGACCUCAGAAUAAAUCAGGGCUGCCCCCGGGGCCUCGCAGAGCUCCGGACACGUUUCCUGUCGCGGCCUAAGGGAAGCGGUUUGCCGCUGGGACCCUGGAGCUUGGCGGUCGAGGGAACGGGCGGGAGUCGGGUUGGGGAGCGGGAAGGCGGGGGGAGCCGGCGGUGGGAGGCGGUGCCCGCGCUCCCGGGACAGCCCCACGCCCUCGGACCGUACAGACCCAAGCUGGGAGCAGCUGUGGGCGCUGGCCCUGCAAGAUGAGGCCGGCGAUCGCCCUGUGGUUCCUCUGGCAGGCGUUCUGGCCCCAGCCGGGCCGUGGCGAGCACCCCACCGCCGACCGCGCGGGCUGCUUGGCCUCGGGGGUCUGCUACAGCCUGCACCACGCUACCUUCAAGCGGCAGGAGGCCCAGGAGGCCUGCACCCUGCGCCAUGGGGUGCUCAGCACAGUGCGCGGGGGCGCGGAGCUCCGCGCGGUGCUGGCGCUCCUGCGGGCGGGCCCGGGGCCCGGAGGGGGCUCCAAAGACCUUCUCUUCUGGGUGGCCCUGGAGCGCCGGCGAUCCGACUGCACCCUGGAGAAUGAGCCCUUGCGGGGAUUCUCCUGGUUGUCCCCCGACGUCGGCGGGUCGGAAAGCGACACGCUGCAGUGGGUGGAGGAGCCCGCGCGCUCUUGCACCGCUCGGAAGUGCGCGGGACUCCAGGCCACCGGGGGAAUCGAGCCUGCGGGCUGGAGGGAGAUGCGAUGCCACCAGCGCGCCGACGGCUAUCUGUGCAAGUAUCAGUUCCAGAGCUUGUGCCCCGCACCGCGCCCCGGGGCCGCUUCGAACUUGAGCUACCGCGCGCCCUUCCAGCUGCACAGCGCGACACUGGACUUCAGUCCCCCCGGGACGGAGGUGAGUGCGCUCUGCCCUGGGCAGCUCUCCGUCACGGCCACCUGCACCGCGGACGAGGUCGGCGCGCGCUGGGAAGGGAUGCCCUCCGGGGCCGUGCUCUGCCCCUGUCCCGGGAGGUAUCUACGGGCUGGCAAAUGCGCCGAGCUCCCUGACUGCCUAGACGACGUGGGAGGCUUUGCAUGCGAGUGUGCUGCGGGUUUCGUGUUGGGGAAAGACGGACGCUCCUGUGUAACCAAGGGGGAAGGACAGCCGACCCCUGGAGGGACCCAGGUGCUCACCUGGCACCCGCCAGCCACUGCAGCCAGCCUCGCGCCGAAGGGAACGUGGUCACCCAGUGUCCAGGAGAGGCCGGGAGAGAGACCCAAUGCCCCUGGACAAGGCAGUGCAACAGCAUCUUUUCCCGAGAUCCCUCGGUGGGGAGCACAGAGCACGCUAUCUACCCUUCAAAUGUCCCCUCAAACAGAGGUAAAGGCGGACGUGAACUCUUCAGGCACAGCCUUUCCCAAGGUUAAUGCUACGUCUCCCUCGGACAACCCCCAGGCUUUCGAUUCUUCCACCGUGGUCUUCGUACUUGUGAGCAUGGCUGUAGUAGUGUUGGUGAUACUGACCGUGACAGUGUUGGGGCUUUUCAAACUCUGCUUCCACAAGAGCCCUUCCCCUCAGCAAAGAAAGGAGCCUUUGGCCUCGCCGGGCAAGGAGGGUGAUGCUGAGGCGGCUCCUCUGAGCUCCGGCUCUGCACGUUGCACGGACAACGGGAUGAAAGCCGGGGACUGUGGUCUGCGUGCCUCGGUGUCGGGGUCCUCUCUUGGCUCUGGUGACACAUAGGGAAACGGGGGACAGUGAGCGCACCUUGUGAAUAGUUUCUCACGUUUAGUGAAAAGGAAAAAAAGGAACUUAUUUGUGCGGAUGACAAUCCCUACAGAAAUUCUUUAUCCCCUAAAUUUCCUCUAUUCCACCGAGGAGCCGGAUCUGAACUGAACACUCCUUCCAUGAAGAUGGAGGAAGUGGAAGGGCCUCAAGGUAGUAGAGGGGUGCCAGGAUCCUACUGGGAGAGCUAUUUUCUUGUGUUUAUUCUGGGGAAUUUGGAGAGGUGGUUGAACUUUUUAUGACAUGGGAAGCAAAUAAAGUUUUUUUUUUUUUUUUUUUACCAAAAUGGAAACCUUCUGUUUACAUUGUACCGGCUGGGAGUAUAUUGGUUUGAAAUUCCCAGGCAAAAAAUAAAGUAUUGUUGAUAA